CACCAGGAGAAAACAUCAGCAUGGCUGUGGAGAUGGAGCCUUCGGACGUGAUCCGCCUGAUCAUGCAAUAUCUGAAGGAGAAUAAUCUCUACCGAACACUGACCACUUUACAAGAGGAAACCACCGUCUCCCUCAACACAGUGGACAGCAUCGACAGUUUCAUCGCAGACAUAAACAGUGGCCAUUGGGACUCUGUCCUAUUAGCUAUUGAAUCCCUGAAGUUGCCUGACAACACACUUAUUGACCUUUAUGAGCAGGUUGUUAUGGAGCUCAUUGAAAUGAGGGAGGUGGGUGCAGCUCGCUCACUCCUCAGACAAACCGACCCAAUGAUCAUGCUUAAACAGACACAGCCAGAGCGGUACAUACAUUUGGAAAACCUGCUCACAUGCUCCUACUUUGACCCUCGUGAGGCAUACCCCAAAGGCAGCAGUAAGGAGAAAAGGCGUAGGGCUAUAGCUGAGGCGCUGUCGAGGGAGGUCAGUGUGGUGCCUCCUUCCCGCCUCAUGGGGCUUUUGGAACAAGUCAGCUCCAUGAGACUACAGCAGGAUCAUCUCUCCCCUGAUAUGACCAUUGAAUCAUCUGGGAACAAGGACAAACACCUUGAAGAAGAGAGCUAUCCAACCCAGCUGUACCGCCACAUCAAGUUUGGUAGACGGUCACAUGUUGAAUGCGCCCGUUUCUCCCCUGAUGGCAAAUACUUAAUUACUGGAUCAGUGGAUGGCUUUAUUGAGGUUUGGAACUUCACCACCGGAAAACUUAGUAAGGACUUAAAAUAUCAGGCGCAGGAUAGCUUCAUGAUGAUGGAUGAUGCCGUGCUGUGUAUGUGCUUCAGUCAGGAUACAGACAUACUGGCGACUGGAGCUCAGAAUGGAAAAAUAAAGAUUUGGAAGGUCCAGAGUGGUUUAUGCCUGCGCAGAUUUGAGCAUGCUCACAACAAAGGUGUGACCUGCCUGAGCUUCUCUAAGGACAACAACCAGAUCCUCAGUGCCUCAUUUGACCAGACCAUCAGAGUCCACGAAUUGAGAUCAGGCAAGACACUAAAGGAGUUAAAUGGCCAUUCAUCGUUUGUUAAUGACGCAUCUUUCACACACGAUGGAUUUCACGUCAUCAGCGCCUCAUCUGAUGGCACUGUUAAGAUUUGGAACACAAAGUCCUGUGAAUGCAUCCACACUUUCAAAUCUCUGUGCCGGACAUCUGAAGUCCCCGUAAACAAUGUGAUCCCUCUACCCCAAAACCCGGAACAGUUUGUGGUCUGCAACCACUCCACCACAGUGGUCAUUAUGAACAGGCAAGGCCAGACUGUGAGGACCUUUAGUGCAGAUAGAAAGGAAGGAGCAAACUUUGUGUGUUGCACCCUGUCACCCCGUGGGGAGUGGAUUUACUGUGUGGGAGAGGACUUAGUGCUCUACUGCUUCAGCUAUACGACAGGGAGACUGGAGAAAACGCUGACCGUCCAUGAGAAAGAUGUAAUUGGCAUCGCUCACCACCCACAUGAGAACCUGAUUGCUACAUACAGCGAGGGAGGCCUGCUAAGGCUGUGGAAGCCUUAGACUAUCAUCUGCAUCAUUUAAAGGAGGACCUAGAGGGCACAGCACACAUUUAUGAAGUCAGCCAGUUAUACAUAAGUUUACAUUAGUGAAAAUGAGCUAAGGAAACCCAUGAAACUUCAUAAAGUCACACAAUAUAUCACCAAUAAAUCAUACAACACAAGGUCAUUUUAGUGGCUGGUCAGGAAAGUUCAAAUCUAUAUCACAGUCUUCCAUUUUUCUUUUAAGUAAUUAUUGUCCAUGUUGGAUUAAGCAGCUAUGAUCAAUAUUUUUAUAACAAUGUCUCAAAUAUAUUGAGUGUAUCAAAGUGUGUGUGAUGAAUCAGCUCAUUUUCUUGACUCAGCAGCAGCCUAAGUAGAGUAGCCCAGUUCCCUCUCCACCUCCUCUAGUUCCUCCAGGGGGAUUCUGAGGCGUUCUCAGGCCAGCAAAGAGAUAUAAUCCCUCAAGAGUAUCCUGGGUCUGGCCUGGGAUCUCCUCUCGGUUGGACGUACUUGAAACACUUCACCAGGAAGACACCCAACAGGCAUCAUGACCAGCUGUACGAACCACCUCCAGAAGCUCCUCACAAUACGGAGGAGCAGCGGCUCUACUCUGAGCCCUUCCUGGAUGGCCAAACUCCUUACCGUCUCUUGGGGAGAGCCCAGCCAUCCUAUGGAGGAAGCUUCCUCUGCUUGUAUUUGCCCAUCUUGCUCUUUCUGUCACAACCCACAGUUCAUGACCAUAGGUAAAAGUAGGAACGUAGAUCAAGUGGUAAAUUAAGAGCUUUUCUUACUGAGUCUGUCUGGAAUCUUCCCCUGCUUUCAGAUCAAAAUCAUCACCAUGUGGUGAUCAGUUUUCAGCUUUGCUCCUCUCUGCACCCGAGUGUCCAGAACAUACACCUGCAGGUCUGAUGAAACAACCAUAAAUUUGAUCAUCAACCUAAAGCUUAGGGAGUCCUGGUGCCUUAUACACUUAUGGACAUCCUUAUGUUCAAACGUGGCAUUCAUUAUGGACAAAUCGUAACAUGCUCAGAAGUCCAACAGAACACCAAUCUGAUUCAUAUUUAGGCAAGCCAUUCCUCCCAUUACGCCUGUUCAGGUCACACUGUUAUUGCCCACAUGAGCAUUGAAGUCCCCCAGAAGAUCAAUAGAGUCCCCAAGAGGGGCAAAUUCCAGCACCCCCACCCCAGGACUCCAAGAAGACUGGGUACUCUAGCUGCACAUAUGCACAGACAACAGAGACCGAUUUUAGAGAAGCAACCCUUCUCGUUCACUGGGAGAAACCCAGCAUACAGGCACAAAGUCAGGGGGCCACCAUUAGGCCCACACCUGCCUGAUGCCUCUCACCGUGGGCAACUCCAGAGCGAAAUAUACUCCAGCCCCUCUCAUGGAAGUUGGUUCCACACCCAAGCUGUGAGUGGAGGCUAGCCCGACUGUAUGUAGCCAGUAUCUCUCAACCCCAUACACCUUGGGUUCUUUCUCUGCCAGACAGGUGCCAAGUUCCAACAAUCAAUUUCAGUAACUGGGGAUUGGACUGCCAAGUCCCUGCCUUUGGCUGCAACCCAGUUCACAAUGUACUGAACCCUUACUACCCCUCCUGCAGGUGGUGAGUCCACAAGAGGGUGGAACCACGUAGCUUAUUCGGGCAUGGCUGGGCCAGGUUCCAUGGUUAAACACCUGGUCACCAGGUGCUCGCAUGUGAACCCCUCCUCCAGGCCUGGUUCCAGGGCAAGGGGAGGUCACAGUUAUCUUUGAUUUUCUCCUCAUAAGGGGCUACUGAAUCAUUCUUGAUCUGGCCCCUCCCAGAGGACCAAUUUGCCUUGGGAGACCCUACCAGGGGCUAGAUGCCCCAGCAACAAAGUUCCUAGCACCAUGAGGGCACCAAACUCCUCCACCUAGAUCAGGUGGUAAUUGAAGGAGGGGUCAUUGUAACUAAAAACCCCUUAAAACCCAGCACCAAAGAACAGACAUUUAAGCUAGUAGCUCCAGUUAACGUAACUUGUCACAUUUACCUCUCCUCUUGUCAGGAGUCCUUAUAAACAGUAAUUCGUAUUUCUAGUUGUUUGAUGAAUCAGUGCAUUUGUAUGGUCUUUAUAAACAUCUGCAGUACUGUUUAGGUCCUCCACACUGUACACACAGCUCCUCGUGGAUCCAAAUUCACCAGUGCAGUUUGAAUCCCCAUUUUCAUCUCUUCUGUCUUUAGACAUGAAAAUGCAUGAUGGUGAACUGUCGUGAAAACAUUUAUAAUAAUACCGCCUCUUGUUUGGGCAUAAACAAACAUAUCAGGUAUAUGAUUUGUCAGCUUUGGUUUAUAACAAUACUUUUGUAACUUUGAUUCUACAGAUGUGCUGACUUUCUUGUGUCCUCUGUGCUUCCUGCAUGCUACCUCAGUGCACUGUCUAAAUGUGGCUCUACAAUAGUUUUCCUUAAAAAUAUGCAUGAUAAUUAAUGAUAAACCUCAACGGAGCUCCAGUGACACAUUCUGU